AGACCGUGUGUCAGAAGCCAUUCGUGAAUUUGAAUCUAUCCAAGAAAGACAAGAAGUGGUCCUAUGUUGUUUAAUGGCGUUAAUCUAUGCGCAUAAAAAGGCGAAGAUGAUAGACAAAGAAAGUGUACAGGAACUCGAAGCGAGAUUAAAACAAACUCGUACAAGUUGUGGUGAAAAUGCUCUCUACUUUGCUGCAAUGUUUUUAUGGCACACUGGACGUCAUGAUAAAGCAAGAGAAUAUGUGGAUAGGAUGUUGAAAAUGUCUAACGGCUCAAAAGAGGUUUGUUAUGGGAACUGUAGCCUACAAGUAGUCACGCUCUUUCCUGUAGAGGAAAAUUAUGAGAAAGCCUUUCUCCCUCAGGAGAAAGACGAGAGAAGAGGGAGUUUUGAAAAGCUAGUUUCAUCCUAGGUUUCUUGAGAGAGUAAGUUCUGAAAACCUAGUUUUCUUGAGAGAGUUCUGAAAAUCUAAUUUCAUCCUAAUUCUCUUGCAUCUCGAUGCAUCUUGCAUCUCUUGCAAAUACAAUUGCACCAGGAAAUUAGUAAUAUAUUAUGCAUAUCUCACUGCCGGCAAUUUUCAACCCAAUAUAUCUGUUGCAUGACAUGUACAGUAUUGUAGCUGUGAAAGCAAGAAACAAUUGCAAUAAUUUUUCUCACAGGCUAUAAUAUUUACAGGUACUACUUCACUGUUUUGUAAAAUGCGCUGAAAAGUUUUCAAACAUAUAUAGGGCGCAGUUCUUCGUGGUUGGAUUGAUCUUACAAGUGGGCGAGACUCUGCUCUCAAGAAAUCUGCAAAAUUUUUCGAUGAUGCUUUACAGGGGUAGGUUACAGUGUAUUAUCUUCUUGUUCAUUCGGUCAUCAAGGUUCAUGGUUCAGUUGUCAGAGCAAGCCACUGGGGAUCGAACACGCACCUUCGUCACAGAGGUUGUGGGUUCUCGCUGCGUACUGCUAAAAGUUAGAUAGUUCUUUGGGUACUGUGGUUUUCUCGCACAGGGAAAGUUGACAGGGUGCGUUAGGAUAAAAAUAAGUUACGAAUGAGGACUAUCAGAAUUUCUCUAAUGGUAAAUAUUGUGGUAAAAAUAUUAGACUAAUAUUAUGUAAUAAUGUAUAGGAAGCAUAUAAAGUCGAAAAGUUUUUCAAUUGCUAUAUCCCCCAAACCAUGCAUUGCAAACAUUGGCGUUUGAGUUGAAAACAAAACAGUUAUGUCCAUAAUUUGUUGAACCCAGCAUUCUAGAUUAAAUGCAUAUUAAAUUAGAAUUUUUAAUUUUAGGUCUGAUACUUCUCAGAAUAUUGAUGCGCUUUUGGGAAAGGUAUAGAAUAUUGAAAUAUAUCCUUAUACGUACAGUAUCUCGCAUUAUUUGAUGCUCCAACUGUAUACUAUUAGGCUUGUCUUCUUAUCCAAGAAAGCAGGGUCAAUCACGUACAGGGGUGUGACCGCUGGGCCCGACGGUCGCAGCUAUACAGUACAUAUUAGAAACAAAACAAGUUCCUUGCGUGCACAUUUUCCAGAACGUUUGGAAACAGAAGAUAUGAUAGAAUUUGACUAAUAUCUUUUUUAUAAUUCUUAUUUUAAAAUUUCUUUUUCUUUAAAUUCUCAAUCUGCUACUAGGGGUCUAUUAAUAUUUAACCGUUGUUAAUUGACUAUACAACUAGAUUUCGAUUCAUCGUUUUUCAUGAACGUCUGGAGUGUGGACAUAUCCGGUUUCAAUCAUUUGAAGUUUCUAUAGUCAUUGAUGAAAAGUUAAAAGAAAAGUCAAAACUUUAGUUGGAGAAAAUAUGAGUCACAAACGAACCAAAUCGAGUUACCCAACAACACAGUAAUUCAUGGCCCGUCUUGAUUUAACAUUUUUCAUACAGACAUUUUGCAGCCACAUUUUCAAGUUAUUGUUACGGUUCCAGUUACACAAAAAAGCAGGGACAAAAAAGUUGUCAACCUCUGGUAAAGUAUUUUGAGACGUCUUUUAAAUACAUUACCUUUUUCCAGGCGGCAUAUCUUGUUAGGAAAAACAAUUUUACAGCUGCCUUGGAGUUUAUCAAUAAGGUAAGUGGCAAACGUUGAAGUACCGUACAGAACAUAACAGAUAAACAAAAAUUUGGUUGGUAGAGAUGCAACUACCUGAAAAAUACAAGGAGAAAUUCGACGUUUAAUUUCGAGCGAAGACCCAUCGUCGGGACGUUAGUAGUCAGUGACGUGGAUCACAUAUAAAGUACGUGCAUUCGUGCUUUUUAUGCCCCACAGCACUGGAAAAAAAUUUGAAAUUCCAUAGAAGGUCAUAGUAUGGAAAUUGAAUGGAUCUUUAUUGGAAAUAGAAUGGAUUUUGGUUAAUAUCCAUAGUAAUUGUAUAUUUCGUAGUAUCGAUUUCACUUUUUUUUCCCAGUGCAGCUGGCUUUCUGUUGCUUUGUAUGCCCCCCCUCUCCGUUUUAUAGCAUCGAGUGAAAAUAUUUCGCCUUCUUAAGGUGGUCGUGUCAUAUCCUGAAUUUGAGCCUGCACUAGUGGAAAAAAUGAAAAUUCAGCUCGCUUUGCAAGACUGGGAACAGACAAUGGACGUUGCUCAGAGGUAUAUUUUGUAUAUAUUAUCCAGGAUCGCAUGAACAAAGGAUGUACUUCUUUAUAUACUGUGCAGAUAAGCCAUUGAAUGCCCCCAAACAGCUAUAAUUGGAUUCAGGGACGAGUGCCGACCGAUAUGUCUUUGGGGAGGGGGAUAAACUCAAAGGUUUUGGACCCCUUAAUUUUUGGGGGGCCCCUUUUUUUCUUAAACGUUAUUGGAUAAAAGGGAGUCGGCACGUCCCUGAAUUGGAUUUGAUUAUAAAAUUGGCAUCCCCAUGCUAUCUGGGCUAUCAGAAUCAUUUUAAGUAAGCAGUUGUGCUGAAAAAGUAGGCGGUUGUCCGUAAUGAAGAAAUCAUUGUACAAAUCAAAUAAUAUUUGAUGGAAUUGCAAGUUGGUCAUAAUUUUUGUUCACGUUAAUCUUUUGCUUAACCAAUCAUGUAACUGAACUUAUUCAACAAUGACUAUAAAGUUUGAGGCAAAAAAACUGCAUUGCUGUUUUAUUUCAAUUGUGGCUUGUUUCGGUUCCUUAGUUAAUACGUAGUUACAAACGCCGCACUACAGAUUUAUGUAGUCCUGUUAUAUAUCACAGAAAGUAACCGGCGGUAAAUCUCGUAACACCCGCCGGAACUCCGAUGCCCACCGGCUUGUUUUAAAAGCCCUGCCCAGUAAAUCCAUUCCUUUUUAUUGCUUUCUACAGAUGCUCAAAACUGAAUCGAUAUUCUCUGGAAGUUCACAAAAUGAAGAUAAUGUUUUUGUUAUGUCGUGAUGGAAAAUAUGACGAGGCAGCCGAACAAAUUGGUGAAUUAAUUCAAUGUUAUGAUAGAUAUGAACCUAAAAGUCAUUACUUAUAUUAUGAAGCUGGAAAGCUGUUUAGUCGAGUGGUAAGUGCAUUAAAUGCAGGCUUUCUUGCCAUCCUACUUUUCCUACUUUUUCCUACUUUUCUUCAACUUUCCUACUUUUCCUAUUUUUUAUUAAAAAUUGCUUGAUUUUCCUAUUUUUCCUACUUUUUCCUCAUAAAAUCCUACUUUUUUAAGACAGCUUGGGACAGCUAUAACUCUAGUAAUUAGAUCUAUAUAGGACUCGUAAUUUUUAUUCCCUAUUUGUGUCCCAGAUGAUAAGAUCUCAGGAAGAGAAGAAGUACAUUUUCUGAGUAUAAAAUUAGAUAGCAUUUCCAGACUCUGAAAAUGCCAUUUCCGACAAUCUAGUAAUUCUAAAUAUCCAACCCCACCCCCAGUUGAUCAAGCAUCAUAUGCUCCUGCCGCACAGUGUGGAUUAAGGUGUAUGGCGCAGCCAAAUACAUGCACUCGCACACAUAACGCAUUUCAAUUGUGUUGCUGCAGAGCAGAUACCUUACUAAUAUCAAAUUUUAAAAGUUUUGAGGAAAAAGUCCUGCAUAGAUGAAUGUGUACAAAAAAAUAGGGGGCCAGUUUUGUAUAUUUUUGUAUUAUCUGCAUCUCCAAAAACUCCUACUUUUGUCCUACUUUUCUACACAUUUUCCUACUUUAUUCCUACUUUUCCUAAAAUUCUAGUCCUACUUUUAUCCUACUUUUCUACACAACGAUUCCAGAAAGCCUGUAAAUGUAUCUGACAAAAAGCGUUGUUAAAUUAGUACCCUCUGCUCAGUUAAGGCUCUGCAUUACCUAUUGUCUUUGUGGUAAAAAUCAGAUACAGUAACUCGGAUUCCUGACCAAACAACUGUAGGAAAGAUUUGUUAAAAACGAAAGUUUGUAUCAAUGGUUCCGAGGUACAGUAGUUUCAAUUUAUUGCGGACCAAUUGUAGGGAAGUAUGACAACGAAUAUUCGAGAAUUAUCAAGAUCGAGGUUGUGUUAUCUGCCGAAAGUGUGGGUGGGGUAGGUUUGUGGAAAACACUAGGUCAAUUUAUUAAUACAAAGCUUUCGAUCCGUAUGCCAGUUAAUGAUAAAGAUCCGGUCUUACGAAUAGAAAGAAAGCUUGCAAUAAUAAAUGAAGGUGGUGUUACAAAACAAAUCAAAUUAAAUAUGAUAUUAUUACCAUGCAAACAUACAAUGAAGUUAUCAAUAAUUACUGUACAUAUAAUUGCAUACAAUGACGAGUCAUUGCUUUUCCCCAUAGUAUAACAUCAUGAAUGUUUUUUAAUUUAUGAUCCAUGGUAACAUAUAGCGAUGUUUUGUACUUUUGUUGUUGUAGUGUGGACGCAAUCCAUUGGUUCUUCAGCAAACAUUUGAACUGAUUGUCAGAGCACAAACUCUCAGCGAGUCAACUGCUGAAUAUGCAGUAGAAGUAAGUUUGCAGGUUAUUAGCAUAGCAUGACCAGUUGCCAUGGCUAGCUUCGCCACUGUAUACUUCUGAAUGUCAGGUGACUAUUAUACUUUCUCGAUGAAAGGCCUUAAUUUGCGCGGAACGUCGAAAUGUUUUUAACCUUUUUCACGUAGUUCAGACACAAACUACGACAUCUUAUUGUAGUAUACCUAGACUGUCCAGAGCCCCAAAUUUAGAUUGUUAUAGGAUUGGACCGAGGUGUGGAAAUUAUUUUAGGGAAUCGAUAUCGAUGUCCAAAUUUUCGAUUUUGAAACUUGUCAGGCGUAUAUGUUUUAGACGCUGAACUAUAGUUUUCAUUUACCGAAUUUAAUAUUAAUGAACUAAUUUCUUUGUUUGAAGUCAUGCGUGUGCAUUAGGUUUGGCACAUGAAAUGUUGAAAUAAGUUAAUAUAUAUACGACAAACGACAUUCCGUCUAUGACCAAGGCUUUUUCGCUAUUUUCAAUUUUAAUUUCAAAAUUGAAUAUGUGAUUCUUUUCUUUCUUUGGUAGCCACAUUCCAUCCGAUAGUAAUGCUUACUUCCUCUAAUAUUUAUAUUUAUUCCUAGCUUGGUAAUCAACUGGUAAUGCAAAAGAAAGUUCGCGACGCCAUGAAAAGCUAUCGAACCGCCAUGAAAUUAGAUGAAACGAGUGUUCCUGCCUUGACUGGUAACUUUCAUUCUUUGUAUCAUGAAGCUGGUAUUGUGACGUAAGAGUGUAUUAUACGAAAUCUUUAUAGUGUAAUAUUUGUGGGUUUACGUAACACUUUGGUUGAAGGAAUGCCGUAAACACAUCAUCAGUGACAAGGCCAGAAUAAAUUGUUUAAGGGUUGCUAUGGGUUUCACUGGUUGUUCGUUGGAUAUUCAUUCAGACCUGGGGUUUAGCAACUGUGGAGUUUGCUGGCAUUUUCACUGAAACACUGAUUCCUGCAUCAAGGGUGUUCUUCUUACCCCCUCCUCCUGAGAAGUAGACUGAACUUUGACGUUUCGAGCGAACACCUUUCAUCUGGAAGUUAGUAAGGCUACUAACCCCUUUCGCUCGAAACGCCGAAGUUGUUCUUCUGGAAAAUGAUGUUAGUCUUUUUAGGUUUUUAACGUCCUUAUCCUUGUUUAUUUAUUAUAUCGCAGAAAUAUAUGAACAUGAAUGCCUGCAUGCAGGUUGCAGCUUCCUUGUGUAUAGUUAUGGUAAUAUAUAAUUUUCGAUUCGGUUAUCUACCAACAAUGAAUUGACCAGUUUUGUUUUAUAUUAUAGGAAUUAUAAAUUGCCAACUUCUGGAGAAUAUGGUUGAUGAUGCUGAACAACAAUUAGAGUUCUUGAGUGAAAUACAACAGUCGAUUGGAAAAUCUGCAGUUAGUACCAUUUCAAGAACAGUACCCGAAUAUUUCUUUCUGUUAUAGCUACAUAUUAAAUAAAAACACUGCCAUGCAUGUGGGUUUUUGGGGCGGCGAUAUAAGAACAGCCUGAAUACUUGCAGAAUGAAAUCAUGAUAAGGUUUAAUUUUCCUCCUAGGCUAGAUCAGCUCCAGCAUUCUUCAUCAGUUUUGUUUGUAUUGCGCGAUCUCAUCGAUCAAUCGGUUCAAUCUCGCAAUGGAAAGCCUUCAAUGUUGAUGAAUUGAAAACUAAUUAUUCUGGUGUUUGCUUCACACGACAUAAUACAACAAUGAAUUAAAAACAUUUCUUUAUUAAAUCUAUUAAUAGGAGUUGUCCUACCUGGGUGCUGUUUUAGCUCGAAAGAAAGAGAGAAGAUUUGAAGAAGUCAUUGUUUUACUCAAUGAAUCAACUGACAGUCAUUUUAAAGAAUUACAGGUUCACUCUAUAUGUGAUGUUAGCAUGUUUUGAUUAACCUUUACGGACGUGAAAAGAGCGCUUCUACUUCAACUCUACCCCAGGUUGUGUCCGGGUACUCCGGUUCCAUCCUGUAAUAACACUGAAGCAACAAGCGAGGCCUUUACUGGACCUCUUCUGAGAAACGUCAAAACUGAUAGAACUAGACUUACCUAUUUUUAUGUUUAGGGUAUUCCUCUGGGAUUCGAGUACUUUUUGAAGUUGAAUCCUGAAUUCUUAUUACAAGUCAUUGAAGAAUACCUGAUAUUCGCUCCGAAUGAGGUAAAGUUUAGAAUGGCGCAUUCAUGAUCACCAUAGUAAAUACAAUCUGAUUGAAAUACAAGUGUCGAUUUUCUGAAAAAAAAGAUUCUUGGAAAUAUAUUAUUCAGUUAUCAGUCCAUUUAUUAAACCUUUCUGAUCGUCUAUAUACUGUAUAGAGAUAUUUGUGUUUUUUCCUGCAACUUUAUCACGAAAAUUACAUGCUCUGCAUGAUUGAAUCAUGGCGAAUUUGCCAUACAGCGAAGACGAUCUUUAAUCUUUCUUCGUGGUGCUAAUAAAUUUAUUGCAUUGCAUUGCGUUGCGUUGUGUUGUAUUGUAUUGUAUUGUAUUGUAUUGUAUUGUAUUGUAUUGUAUUGUAUUGUAUUGUAUUGUAUUGUAUUGUAUUGUAUUGUAUUGUAUUGUAUUGUCUGUAUUGUAUUGUAUUGUAUUGUAUUGUAUUGUAUUGUAUUGUAUUGUAUUGUAUUGUAUUGUAUUGUAUUGUAUUGUAUUGUAUUGUAUUGUAUUGUAUUGUAUACAGGGGCCUAUAUAGUCAGUUCACUUUGCAGUAAGCUCAAUCCUAAUGGACUUGGAGGUGCAUGCAUGUGCCUGUAACGUUGUAAUGAGCGACGUUUCCUGGUAAUACUUACAUGUACAGGUACUUACCCAGGGCUUACACGAAGCUAUAAUGAACUGUCAUGUUUUGUGAUUGAUACGUUAUUUAGAAACUUAUUAUUUAUUGUGACUCAUUCUUUGGAAAAUUUGCCAGGGUGGGUUGGGAUUAGCCCCUAUGUUGGGAUAAGCCUUGACAGACCCUUCCACCGUAGCUGUAUUCCGUGAUCAGACGUGAGUCAUAAGGUGGCUACUUGAAGAGGCGUCCUUAGAAAGCCUUCGACGUGAUCGGGGUGAGCUGCAUCCUUCGCAAUUCAGCUUAGCUCGCAGCUGCAAAUAAGGAUUAUUAGCACAUCCCCACUUACUAAAACUUUGUGAUUACCCCGUGGCCGCGUGAUAAUUAACCUGGGCAUACAUAGUUUUUUUAUAUAAUUAUACAGUUUGGCGCCUCUGGUGAAAAUCAACCUGGUGUUCUUGACAAUGUCGGUGAUUACUUUGUACCACAGAUAUAUUACGUACAUUUCUUUAUAGCCUCAAAGCAGUGGUCAACCAGUAUCUCCAAUGUUAAAACGUUGUGCUGCAGUGCUUGAUCCGUUAACUAAAGCCACGCCUGGUGUCCUACAAGGACUGUAUUUGAUGGCUAAAGUACGAUACCUAUCAGGUAAUUAAAACAAAACAUAUUUUUAUUUGGAUGAGGAAAAUUGCUGAAUUAUGAUUGGUUGAGAAGUGUACAUGCAGUAUAUUUAUAAUGACGCAGAGAAAAUCUCGGAAGUAAAUUUGUGUGAACGGCAGUUUUUUAAUAGAGAAGGUUGCCAUUUGCUCACAUUUGAACAGCCAUUGUAUAGAGUGUAGAUUGAACGCAAUUUCGGGAUUUUUUGUUUUUUUAAAAAGGUAUACAUGCAGAUAUUUUGUAAACAUGACCUACGUUCUUGCCGAAUAUUGAUGAAUUAAUUAAAACACGAUCCUUUUUGUAUAUAACAACUCCACUGUGUCCAAAAUUGCGUUACAUGUUGGAGGAAGUAGUUGGAUUUUGAACAUUUCAUUCUUUGGUAAUCCAGACCCCGCUGUGCAAACAAACAGUUUACGGGGCAAGCAUGCGUGUGUUUUCAAAUGCUAUCCUUAUUGCUGCCAUGCAGUUAUGUCUUGUAGUGAACCGGCGAAAGUUUUUUAUUUCAGGUGAUAUAGAAACAGCGAAGACGAUGUUGAAUCACUGUCUUGAAAAACAUGACAGAUUCUCUGAAGGACAUUUACUAAUGGCUCAGGUAUAAUAUGUUCUGGGCAUAUUUCUGUUUCAGCAAGAUGGCUGUAUUUUUCAUUCUAAGAAGAACUCACGAAACUUGAAAUUUUUUUUUCAGAUUCAUCUAAAAGACGGUAACUACAGAAUGGCAGAUCAAUCUCUUGAAGUUGGUCUUAGUUAUAAUUUUCAGGUUGGUUUAUGUUUUCCAUAUUUCGUGAUGCUUAUUUAUAUCAACAUUUAUUGUACGUACUGUAUAUGUUUGAGGCUAGCCACAAUAUAAAAGAGCUCAAGCAAACAGGGACACAAGGUACUAAAAUUUAUCAGUGGCAGAAAACGAAAAUUUUAAAAUGUCAUCAGAUUUUGAUAGUACCUUCCCGACAUGCAAAAUGUUAAACGUUACGCUCAAAUUAUAUUAAUAUAUACAACCAAAAAUUUCAUGCAUGGUCUGUUUGAAAUACAUCCAUGGGAAGGAGGUGUAGUGUCCCUUGCUGACUAUGACCUGUCCUUAGCGGACAGUAGCCAUGAAUAUUGCCUUCCAGUGAGUUAGAGACUAACAUUGUCAUGGUAGUUUACCGAUAUCGUGUGUGCUCAAAUUAGGUAAGUGUAAAGGAAUUAGUGAGCUUAAGCAAGUGACGUUUUUGACAACACGAACGGCAUGAGUAACGUCAGAAGACUGGGUCAAGGGCUGUGAUUGGUGAAAAACGUCAACUUUACUUCCGGUCGACGUCCGUGUUGUCAAAAACGUCACUUGCUUAAGCUCACUAUUAUGAUCUGAACCUUGCUCCACACGUAUUAUAUACUGUGCUAUAUUCUUCAUGUUUCUUUUGCCUAAAGGUUCGAGAUUCUCCUCAGUAUCAUUUGAUCAAAGCUUGCGUUCAUAAAAACUUGGGCAACCAUGAAGAAUGUAUCAAGACACUGAAUACAGCAAUGGCAUUACCCGGUGUUAAGAAAGCAAGUAAGGCGUAACACAUUCCUUGUUCGUAACUGAAUUUAAGAUGAUUAAUAAUAUCAUGCAUCUACAUAUAGUCAUGUUGUGGGAAACCACGAUCGGAACUUUCCUAGCAAAAUCGACAUUUCGCUGAGUAAUUCAUUGCAUGGCAUCGUUAAAGGAUUUUGUAGAUGGAAAUUAUCAAGUGUAUAAAUUUAUGUACUGUACAUUUAUUAGACCUAACCAGGAACAGCUGCGAAAAAUGCACCUACAGCUCCCUGGCAGGAAUCAAGCCUGCGGCCCUCACACCAUUAUUCAAUCGAGUGAGAUGCCAACAAAAUCUUGAUAUUUACUCAUGGCAUCGUUAAGGUCAAUUUCCACGCAGGAAAAUUUUCCGCAGAAAGAAAAUUUUGUAAAAUGUGGCCGACUCAAAUUUUCCGUCGGAAAAAAAAGUUGAAAAUUUUCAACUUUUAACAAUGAUAUUUUCGGAAAAUUUUCUGUCCGUGGAAAUUUUUCUUGAGUGGAAAUGGACCUUUCGCCUGCGUAGCCCGCUGUUUUAAGGGGUUGAGGCGCGGGCAGCGCUUUCUGGAAAGCUUUUAUUGCCGCAUCAAUGUUUUCAAAUGUUACCUUGGGGAAACCAAGGUUACAAGGAAGUAUCGUGAAUUGCAAAUCUUCCACAACAAUAUUUCCUGGUAUGCCCAGAUUAUCAGUUUUUCUGUUUAACCAGAUUUUUUUCAAUUCUGGUAUAAUUUUUAUUUCAGUUCCGGCUGGCCAAGGUGGCAAAAAAGCGAGCAGUCUCACUUUAAGCGACCGAGUGUCGGUAUACUUGGAAUUGGCGGGUGCACAUUCACAAUUAAAUCAUGGAGUGAGUGGAAUCGUUAUAGUCGUGACAAAAGAUUCCUGUAGGAAUGUCAAUGUAACUACAGUAUAUUGUCGUUGUUUAUGUAGAUCAUUUACUAACACUUCGCUGUUUCUGCACAUUAUAGCACGAGGCCGCCAAAAUAAUGCAGGACGCUAUGAACGAAUUUUCUGGGACUUCGGAAGAAGUAAGGUGAGUGAUAAAUUUUAAGAAUGUGAAAAUCUUUAAACUUGAGUGUUUAGUUCGGUCGUGGUGUGAAUACAGGAAACCGUUUUUGUUGAUAUUAUAUACGGUAUUUGUCACCCUUCACACUUUCGAGUGAUGGCUAGCUUCGACUAACGAAAUUAACCUCCUAACGGCAGCCUUCACUUGGAACAUCAAAGUGUUUUUAUGAUGAUGAGUAUCAAGAAUAACGGUUUCCAAUAAUUUUAUAAUUUUAUUAUAUGACAAUAACUUCUCAGUACCUCAAGAGCUGCUAAACACAGUAAUGCAAGGCAACGACAUGCAAGUAUCGCUCAAUGGUGCAUGGUGGUACAUGGGAUUAAAUAAAAUUGAAUCGUACUGGGUUCAGGGAGUUGGUUACACUAAAGUUAUUUGUAGGGACAGGGGCAGGCUUGUUUCGCUGGAAUCCGCAAACUUAACACCCUAAUAUGACAUCUAGGGGAUAGCUGAAAACGUCAUGUGGGAGAGGACUUUGCCCGCUGCAGCGCCUCCGGGGGGGGGGACCUUGCCAUUGGUAAGUGAUCUGCUGUUAUACCAUAAGAUAAUUUUUUUUCUUUAGAAUAAGCAUUGCAAAUGCUGACUUAUUCCUGAAACGAGGUGAUCAUAAGGAAGCACUAACAAUACUCCGAUCUGUUACUCCAGAACAAAGGUAUAAAUGGCCAAUUACAUAACACUUUGCAUAACACUUGGUGACAUUUAGGUAAGGAUUCAGUAAUCAAAAUGUUCCAUUGUCUUUUCAUUGUAUUGAAAAUCCCACUGCCCUAAGUGUACAUGGCUGAUCACUUGAAAGUUUGCCUGCAUUUCUAUGAAGAAUUGUACUAAAACAACCUGAAUUUAACAAAUUUUGUGAUAAAUGUGCUGAAUUUGCUUCAUUUUCCCCAGCAUAUGCUAGAAUUCUCUUGAUGUUCCAUUGCUCCCCCUGUCUCGUAUGCCUAUGCCUACUGUUCAUAUAUCAUCCAGUCAUUUAUUGUCUUGACUUAUUUCUGAUAUUAUGGAAACUGUACCCUCUUCUGUGGAUUUUUCAACGUCAUUCCUGUCUUUUCUUCGAUUUUGUAACUGCCAUAGAUAUUACUUUCCUGCCAUAAUAACCAGACUGAUCAACUUUUUUGCAGUUACUUUAUUCAAGCCCGAGAGAAAAUGGCAGAUAUAUAUCUUAAUCAUCGGAAAGACAAAAGACUGUAUGCAAGCUGCUAUAGGUUAGUGUUGCAACAAAUAUUACAAAAUUUGCCAUUUUAUUGCCCAUCCAUUUAUGAGGAACUGUAUGUUCCUACUCAGCUUGACCCCAACACAGGGUUAAUAUGAAAUUAAAAUAUAUUUUCUUUUCUUCCAUCUUUUUAGAGAAUUACAUGACAAAUAUCCAAGCCCUCAAACAAGCCUGUUGUUGGGAGAUGCGUACAUGAGCAUCCAAGAG